AGACUCAUUAAAAUAUUUGAAGCACGCGAGCAAUAGAGCGUGAUUCAAAAUCACAAAAAUCCGAUGCGAUAGCUGUCAAAUAAAUAACACUGGGAAACGGCGAGUACAAAUGACGGCGGCCACAUCUCUCAGUAUAAACAGUGACACUCAUCUAACGUCCCUUCACCGCCGUUUCCCUCUUUCUCUCUCUUCAUACACUCUCUCUCUCUCUCUCUCUCUCUCUCUCUCUCUCUCUCUCUCUUCUGUGUUUACCUUCCACUUCACGCCAAACGCCUGUACCUUCUCUCUCUCAUAACAUUUCUCUCUCUCGAACUCUGUAACAACCUUUGCAACAGCUACAUUUUCUCUCAUAUUGGUCUUCAACUUUUGUCUUCUUUGUCUUUGUAACAAUAACAAUGAAAGAAAAAGGAUUCUUGCUUUUAUACUAUUCUGGCAAGAACAAGUUGAGGUUUUUCAUGUUCCCUUUGACAUUGAUGGUUUUCAUGGUGUUGGUGAUUUCUCCAUUUGCAUUUUCACUCAGUCAAGAAGGACAAGCAUUAAUGGCAAUGAAGUCUUCCUUCAACAACAUAGCUGACGUUCUGCUUGACUGGGAUGAUGUGCACAAUGAUGACUUCUGCUCAUGGCGUGGUGUUUUGUGUGAUAAUGUCAGUGUUGCUCUUACUGUGGUAUCUCUGAAUUUGUCAAGCUUGAAUCUUGGUGGUGAGAUUUCACCAACUGUUGGUGAUUUAAGAAACUUGCAGUCCAUCGACUUGCAAGGGAACAAGUUAACUGGUCAAAUCCCGGAUGAAAUUGGAAACUGUGGUGCACUGGUUCAUCUGGAUUUAUCUGAUAAUCAGCUAUAUGGUGAUAUACCUUACUCUAUAUCAAAGCUGAAGCAACUUGAGUUUUUGAAUUUGAAGAACAAUCAGUUGACUGGUCCUAUUCCUUCUACUUUAUCCCAAAUUCCAAACCUUAAGACUCUUGAUCUUGCUCGAAAUAAGUUUAGAGGAGAGAUACCAAGGCUACUCUAUUGGAAUGAAGUAUUGCAAUACCUUGGAUUGCGAGGGAACAUGUUGACAGGAAUUUUAUCUCCCGAUAUUUGCCAGUUAUCUGGUUUGUGGUACUUUGAUGUCAGAGACAAUAAUUUGACUGGUACUAUACCUGAAAGCAUCGGCAACUGUACAAGUUUUGAAAUCUUCGAUAUAUCAUAUAAUCAGAUUACUGGGGAGAUUCCUUAUAACAUUGGAUUUCUUCAAGUAGCUACUUUGUCACUUCAAGGAAAUAGAUUAACUGGGAAGAUACCAGAAGUGAUUGGUUUGAUGCAAGCUCUAGCAAUUUUGGAUUUGAGUGAGAAUCAGUUAGUGGGACCAAUUCCUCCAAUACUAGGAAAUCUGUCUUACACCGGCAAGAUGUACCUUCAUGGAAACAUGCUCACUGGUUCAAUACCUCCCGAGCUUGGCAACAUGUCUAAACUGAGCUACCUGCAAUUGAAUGAUAAUCAACUGGUGGGGCAAAUUCCUAAUGAGUUUGGCAAACUUGUACAUCUGUUUGAAUUGAAUCUUGCCAAUAAUCGUCUUGAUGGAUCUAUUCCACAUAACAUAAGCUCAUGCACGGCCUUAAAUCAGUUUAAUGUGCACGGCAAUCAAUUAAGCGGUUCUAUUCCGUUAAGCUUUCGUAACCUUGAGAGUUUGACUUAUUUGAACCUCUCUGCUAACAACUUCAAGGGGCAUAUACCGGUUGAGUUGGGUCAUAUCAUUAAUCUUGAUACGCUGGACCUAUCUAGCAAUAAUUUUUCAGGCAAUGUUCCAGCUUCAGUUGGUUAUCUCGAGCAUCUUUUGACACUGAACUUGAGUCAUAACCAUCUUGACGGUCCCUUGUCUGCUGAAUUUGGAAAUCUCAGAAGUAUACAGACUAUUGAUAUGUCCUUCAACAAUCUGUCGGGCAACAUUCCUCCAGAAAUUGGACAGCUGCAGAACCUUGCAUCUCUGAUUUUGAACAACAAUGACCUGCAUGGGAAGAUUCCGGAACAGCUCACCAAUUGUUUCAGUCUUACUUCCAUGAACUUAUCUUAUAACAACUUAACUGGAAUAGUUCCAUCUACGAAGAACUUCACGCAGUUCUCAGCUGACAGCUUCAUUGGAAAUCCCUUAUUAUGUGGAACUUGGAUAGGAUCUAUAUGUCGUCCUUAUGUUCCAAAGUCGAGAGAGAUUUUUUCUAAAGUUGCAGUUGUAUGUCUCACUCUUGGUAUCAUCGUUUUAUUGGCUAUGGUAACUAUUGCUGUCUAUAGAUCCAUCCAAUCGAAGCAGCUGAUGAAAGGAUCUAGUAAGACUGUGCAAGUGCCUCCUAAACUUGUAAUUCUUCAUAUGGAUUUGGCAUUACAUACUUUGGAUGAUAUAAUGAGAAGCACCGAGAAUCUCAGUGAGAAAUUUAUCGUAGGGUGUGGUGCCUCUAGUACUGUAUACAAGUGUGUGUUGAAAAACUCCCGACCGAUUGCAGUCAAGCGAUUGUACAAUCAGCAUCCACACAAUAUAAGGGAUUUUGAAACAGAACUUGAAACAAUUGGCAGCAUUAGACAUAGAAAUCUUGUCACCUUGCAUGGCUAUGCACUUACUCCUUACGGGAAUCUCCUUUUCUAUGAGUACAUGGCAAAUGGUUCUCUUUGGGAUCUUCUACAUGGUCCACUAAAGGUAAAACUUGAUUGGGAAACACGGAUGAGGAUUGCUGUUGGAGCUGCUGAAGGACUUGCAUAUCUUCACCAUGAUUGCAACCCUCGAAUUGUUCACAGGGACAUUAAGUCUUCAAAUAUUUUGCUGGAUGAGAACUUCGAGGCUCACCUCUCUGAUUUUGGCACCGCUAAAUGCAUCCCAGCCACAAAAACUCACGCCUCAACUUAUGUUCUUGGAACUAUUGGCUAUAUUGAUCCUGAAUAUGCACGAACAUCUAGGCUGAAUGAAAAAUCUGAUGUGUAUAGCUUUGGCAUUGUUCUGCUUGAGCUACUUACUGGGAAGAAGGCAGUGGACAAUGAUUCUAAUUUGCAUCAAUUGAUACUUUCCAAGGCUGAUAAUAACACUGUAAUGGAGGCGGUGGAUCCAGAGGUUUCCAUUACCUGCAUUGAUUUGGCUCAUGUCAAGAAAACCUUUCAACUUGCUCUGCUUUGCACGAGAAAGAACUCUUCCGAGAGACCUACCAUGCACGAAGUAGCUAGGGUGCUUAUUUCACUACUUCCCGCACCUCCAAGUAAAGUUAAAGUUGUCGCUACUGCUGCUGCUGCUGCUAAGAGUUUUGACUAUGCACCUUUUGUGGUUGAGAAGGGACAGCAACACCGAAAAUUGGAUGGACUACCACCUCAGCAGGAUAGCAGUUCACCAAAUGCUGAAUGGUUUGUUCGUUUUGGGGAUGUCAUAUCCAAGAGCUCCCACUGACUCAUAGUGUUUUCCUACUGGGAUUCAUGUUAUAGACAAAAGUUGAUGUGUAGGGUUAAAGUAAACUCUAUUUUGUGUUUUGAUAUUUCCUUAAUUAUAUAACCUUAGGAAAUAGAUAGGAUGGCCAUAUAGGUAAUGGGUUGUCUAAAACAACUGAAAGAAAGUUUAAGGUUGCUUGCUGUAGAAGCACUUAUUCCUAGGUAUUAGAUUCUCAAAAGGUUUGAGUAUAAAUAUUCCUUGUUUUAGUUUUUUGGAUAGACACUGAUAUUGUGACCGAUGAUAUGGUUGCAUGGUGUAACUAAGUAGCAGGCACCUCAUGUCUUAUGUUAGAUAAGAAUUAUAUGAAAAGGUUUUAAGCAUUUAUGCAGUUUAUGUUAUAUCCUAAUUCAA